AUGACUACUAGACUUCACUGGCUCACAAGAGCCCUCUGCUUGAUAGGCAUACUGUGCACUGUCAAUACCACAUAUGUGACAGAAGAUUCUCCAGCCCCCGCUGAGAAAGGAGUCACCUUCAGCCACAUCUAUAAGAUUGACCUGGCCAAGAGCCCUGACUGUAAACUGGCCUUGCAGACCCUCCCAUCCCAGCAGGACCAGGGAUCAGGUCUGCAAGAGCUGGAGGGGGGCCCUACUCUGGAGGAGGACAAAAACAUAGUCUUCAGGCACCAAAUCAACCUCAAGACCCCAAAGUGUGACUGUGAUGAGUCGGAGCGCUUCAAGUCUCUGCUGUACAGAGUCAACGGGUUGGAGGAGGAGGUGGAACACCUGAAGAGUCAGUGCUCCCAGGGCUGCUGUGGUGGCAAAGGUGGUGGAGCAGGAGGUACAGUACAGUUCAUCACCAUAAGAUCUGACAGCACAUCUAUAUUUAAUAGCUACACUAUAUCUGAAACUAUUUAGGAACAUAACCUACAGUGGGGAAAAAAAGUAUUUAGUCAGCCACCAAUUGUGCAGGUUCUCCCACUUAAAAAGAUGAUAGAGGCCUGUGAUUUUCAUCAUAGGUACACGUCAACUAUGACAGACAAAAUGAGAUUUUAUUUUCCAGAAAAUCACAUUGUAGGAUUUUUAAUGAAUUUAUUUGCAAAUUAUGGUGGAAAAUAAGUAUUUGGUCACCUACAAACAAGCAAUAUAUCUGGCUCUCACAGACCUGUAACUUCUUCUUUAAGAGGCUCCUCUGUCCUCCACUCGUUACCUGCAUUAAUGGCACCUGUUUGAACUUGUUAUCAGUAUAAAAGACACCUGUCCACAACCUCAAACAGUCACACUCCAAACUCCACUAUGGCCAAGACCAAAGAGCUGUCAAAGGACACCAGAAACAAAAUUGUAGACCUGCACCAGGCUGGGAAGACUGAAUCUGCAAUAGGUAAGCAGCUUGGUUUGAAUAAAUCAACUGUGGGAGCAAUUAUUAGGAAAUGGAAGACACUGAUAAUCUCCCUCGAUCUGGGGCUCCACGCAAGAUCUCACCCCGUGGGGUCAAAAUGAUCACAAGAACGGUGAGCAAAAAUCCCAGAACCACACGGGGGGACCUAGUGAAUGACCUGCAGAGAGCUGGGACCAAAGUCUACCAUCAGUAACACACUACGCCGCCAGGGACUCAAAUCCUGCAGUGCCAGACGUGUCCCCCUGCUUAAGCCAGUACAUGUCCAGGCCCGUCUGAAGUUUGCUAGAGUGCAUUUGGAUGAUCCAGAAGAGGAUUGGGAGAAUGUCAUAUGGUCAGAUGAAACCAAAAUAGAACUUUUUGGUAAAAACUCAACUCGUCGUGUUUGGAGGACAAAGAAUGCUGAGUUGCAUCCAAAGAACACCAUACCUACUGUGAAGCAUGGGGGUGGAAACAUCAUGCUUUGGGGCUGUUUUUCUGCAAAGGGACCAGGACGACUGAUCCGUGUAAAGAAAGAAUGAAUGGGGCCAUGUAUCGUGAGAUUUUGAGUCUGGUUCUUUCAGCAUGACAAUGAUCCCAAACACACCGCCCGGGCAACGAAGGAGUGGCUUCGUAAGAAGCAUUUCAAGGUCCUGGAGUGGCCUAGCCAGUCUCCAGAUCUCAACCCCAUAGAAAAUCUUUGGAGGGAGUUGAAAGUCCGUGUUGCCCAGCGACAGCCCCAAAACAUCACUGCUCUAGAGGAGAUCUGCAUGGAGGAAUGGGCCAAAAUACCAGCAACAGUGUGUGAAAACCUUGUGAAGACUUACAGAAAACGUUUGACCUGUGUCAUUGCCAACAAUGGGUAUAUAACAAAGUAUUGAGAAACUUUUGUUAUUGACCAAAUACUUAUUUUCCACCAUAAUUUGCAAAUAAAUUCAUUAAAAAUCCUACAAUGUGAUUUUCUGGAUUUUUUUUUCUCAUUUUGUCUGUCAUAGUUGACGUGUACCUAUGAUGAAAAUUACAGGCCUCUCUCAUCAUUUUAAGUGGGAGAACUUGCACAAUUGGUGGCUGACUAAAUACUUUUUUCCCCCACUGUAAGUUAUCAUUCAAAACUGGGAAACUGUUUGAAAAAUGAUUGGUCCACAGACACUUACAGUAAAGACUCUUCAGAUAUCACAUAAUGUCUUUUUUCUUCUACAUUUCCACAGGUGUGGACACUAGCUGUAGUGGCCACGGGAUCUACCAGCAUGACACCUGCAGCUGCCAAUGUAACCCUGGCUGGGAAGGCCCAGACUGCUCCAUCUCCACCUGUCCUGAUGAGUGCAACGACAACGGGCGCUGUGUGGAUGGCAAGUGUGUGUGCCUUGCUGGCUACACGGGGAGCGAUUGCAGCCAGCCGAUGUGCCCAGGCGACUGCAACGAUAAGGGACACUGUGUGGACGGGAAGUGUGUGUGCUUCAGCCACUUCACCGGCGAAGACUGCAGCGAACAGAAAUGCAGUCCUGACUGCGUCCACGGCACCUGCGUAAACGGAAUGUGUAUCUGUGACGAGGGCUUCUUUGGGGAUGACUGCUCUACAGGUAAGGGCCCGUAUUCACAAAGUGUCUCAGAGUAGAAGUGCUGAUCUAGGAAAAGGUCAUAAUCAGGUCAUAAUGUCUUAUUCAUUAUAAUCUAAAAGGGAAACUGAUCCAAGAUCAGCACUCCUACUCUGAAAUGGCCUAGGUCUACAUUACAAACUCUACCUGUUGUUGAUUCUGAGAACUGGAAUGCAGAAAAUAUACAGAGAAUGCAUAACAUCUAAAGAGAAUGUAGAACAUCUACAGCUGUAGGGGCCUAAGGGUUCUGAGUUGUCAAACACUUUCAACUUGACGUUAGGAAUUGGAGUUAUUUUACUAUUAGUUAUUAAAAAGCAGUUAUUAAACUGAGGUGCAGAGAAGCAGAACAUUUGCUGUCAAAACAUUCUGAUAGAUGAAUUCACUGCUUCCACACUUCUGAAAGUGGAAGUAAUUGCUGCAGCCUCAGACCAUGUUUGCCAAUCAACUGUCUCAUGAUUUAACUUUGCUCAAACCAAGUUUGCCUUGUGCACAGACCUAUAGUAGCAGGUCAACAAUUGCAAUCACUGAGAUUAUUUAGAGUUGCAUGUAGGAACUGUUGAUUUAAUUCCAACAACAAUGGGGACGUGUCAAGGGGAAAGAGGGAGGCUAUGUGAUUUUAUGAGUUGGGUUUGGAGGACAAAUGUUAUGAGUAUAGGACAAAAGCUACACUAUACUGAGACAUUUUCUGUGGGAAGAGUUUUUUAAAUUAUUUGUUUUAAUGCAAUUUAGCAGACGCUUUUAUCCAAAGCAACUUACAGUCGUGUGCAUACAUUUUUACGUAUGGGUGGUCCCGGGGAUCGAACCCACUACCCUGGCGUUACAAGCGCCAUGCUCUACCAAUUGAGCUACAGAGGACCACAUUUGAAGCUACGGUAUAUGGUGAGUAGGGAUCUUUUCCACAAACAUUGGCUUUUUAGAGUACAGAAAAUGAUCAGACCUUGAGGUGCACUAUCAUGAAAGCUGUUUUCCUUUAGCAACAACUUAAAGCAAUGCUAACCUCCAUAAUUCACUACUAUGAUCAAGUCUGGGAUCUAAAUGUAGGCCUUUGGAUAUUUGGGGUGUUUUUAUAAUGAUAAAGAACUCAGACACACAUUUCAAAUAAAUAAUCAAGAGAAAACCUAAAGGGUUUUAUUGAGGGUAUCUUUUAUUCUCCCCACAAAAUAACUUGGUGGAUUUCUGUGGAUUUCUAAAAGCCAGAUCAUAGCCCUACAGAUGCUGCAUGUGGAUUUGGUCUGCUUUCCAUGUACACCUCCUGAGUUGGCCCAUAAUGCUCUUUCCACCAUGGCAGACUCAGUAAAAACAGGACCUUAUGUGAAUCACUGAAAAGUGGGAUCUCUCACACAGACAAAUGGAAGUUACAAGCAGACUUGUACAUUCACAUUUCUGCUUCACAUUUGAGAAUCACAUUACAUUCUCAAAUGGGUGGUCUUGAAUAUUAUUUGCAUUGUAAUUACAGUGCAUUUGGAAAGCAUUCAGACCCCUUGACCUUUUCCACAUUUUGUUACAUUACAGCCUUGUUCUAAAAUAUAUUUUUUAUUUUUUUAUACAAACAAUACCCCAUAAUGACAAAGCGAAAACAAGUUUUCAGAAAUGUAUGUAAAUGUAUCAAAAACAAAAAACAGAAAUACCUUAUUUACAUAAGUAUUCAGACCCUAUGCUUAUGAAACUCGAAAUUGAGCUCAGGUGCAUUCUGUUUCCAUUGAUCAUCCUUGAGAUGUUUCUACAACUUGAUUGGAGUCCACCUGUGGUAAAUUCAAUUGAUUGGACAUGAUUUGGAAAGGCACAAACCUGUCUAUAUAAGGUCCCACAGUUAACAGUGCAUGUCAGAGCAAAAAACAAGACAUGAGGUUGAAGGAAUUGUCCGUAGAGCUCCGAGACAGAAUUGUGUCGAGGCACAGAACUGGGGAAGGGUACCAAAAAAUGUCUGCAGCAUUGAAGGUCCCCAAGAACACAGUGGCCGCCAUCAUUCUUAAAUGGAAGAAGUUUGGAACCACCAAGACUCUUCCUUGAGCUGGCCGCCUGGCCAAAAUGAGCAAUCAGGGGAGAAGAGCCUUGGUCAGGGAGGUGACCAAGAACCCGAUGGUCACUCUGAGAGAGCUCCAGAGUUCCUCUGCGGAGAUGGCCGAACCUUCCAGAAGGACAACCAUCUCUGCAGCACUCCACCAAUCAGGCCUUUAUGGUAGAGUGGCCAGACAGAAGCCACUUCUCAGUAAAAGGCACAUGACAGCCCACUUGGUGUUUGCCAAAAGGCACCAAAAGGACUCUGACCAUGAGAAACAAGAUUCUAUGGUCGGAUGAAACCAAGAUUGAACUCUUUGGCCUGAAUGCCAAGUGUCACGUCUGGAUGAAACCUGGCACCAUCCCUACGGUGAAGCAUGGUGGUGGCAGCAUCAUGCUGUGGGGAGGUUUUUCAGCGGCAGGGACUGGAAGACUAGUCAGGAUCGAGGGAAAGAUGAACGGAGCAAAGUACAGAGAGAUGCUUGAUGAAAACCUCCUCCAGAGCGCUCAGGAACUCAGACUAGGGCGAAGGUUCACCUUCCAACAUUUACAUUACAUUUACGUCAUUUAGCAGAUGCUCUUAUCCAGAGCGACUUACAAAUUGGUGCAUUCACCUUAUAGCCAUAUUUUGUCAUAGGAGAGACCAUGUGAGGAUAUGACAGAGCCAAGUGGUGUAUAGAGAGAAUCUGGGGGACACCAGUGGUGAGAGCACGUGGUGCGGAGACAGAUUCUUGCCACGCCACCUGGUAGGAGUGACCUGUCAGGUAGGAUGCAAUCCAAGAGUGAGCAGCGCCCGGAGAUGCCCAACUUGGAGAGGGUGGAGAGGAGGAUCUGAUGGUUCACAGUAUCAAAGGCAGCGGAUAGGUCUAGAAGGAUAAGAGCAGAGGAGAGAGAGUUAGCUUUAGCAGUGCGGAGAGCCUCCGUGACACAGAGAAGAGCAGUCUCAGUUGAAUGACCAGUCUUGAAACCUGACUGGUUUGGAUCAAGAAGGUCAUUCUGAGAGAGAUAGCAGGAGAGUUGGCUAGAGACGGCACGAGAGAAAAGAAAGAAGGGAUACUGGUCUGUAGUUGACAUUGGAGGGAUCGAGUGUAGGUUUUUUGAGGAGGGGCGCAACUCUCGCUGUCUUGAAGAUGGAAGGGACAUGGCCAGCGGUCAAGGAUGAGUUGAUGAGCGAGGUGAGGUAAGGGAGAAGGUCUCCGGAAAUGGUCUGGAGAAGAGAGGAGGGGAUAGGGUCAAGCGGGCAGGUUGUUGGGUGGCCGGCCGUCACAAGUCGCAAGAUUUAAUCUGGAGAGAGAGGGGAGAAAGAAGUCAAAGCAUAGGGUAGGGCAGUGUGAGCAGGACCAGCGGUGUCAUUUGACUUAAUAAAUGAGGAUCGGAUGUCAUCAACCUUCAUUUCAAAAUGGUUGACGAAGUCAUCCACAGAGAGGGAGGAGGGAGGGGGAGGGGGAGGAGGAGGAGGAUUCAGCAGGGAGGAGAAGGUGGCAAAGAGCUUCCUAGGGUUAGAGGCAGAGGCUUGAAAUUUAGAGUGGUAGAAAGUGGCUUUAGGUGCGGAAACCGAGGAAGAGAAUGUAGAGAGGACGGAGUGAAAAAAUGACAGGUCCGCAGGGAGUCUAGUUUUCCUCCAUUUCCGCUCGGCUGCCCGGAGCCCUCUUCUGUGAGCUCGCAAUGAGUCGUCAAGCCACAGAGCAGGAGGGGAGGACCGGGCCAGCCGGGAGGAUAAGGGACAUAGAGAGUCAAAGGAUGCAGAAAGGGAGGAGAGGAGGGUUGAGGAGGCAGAAUCAGGAGAUCGGAGGGAGAAUGAUUGAGCAGAGGGAAGAGAUGAUAGGAUGGAAGAGGAGAGCGUAGCGGGAGAGAGAGAGCGAAGGUUACGACGGCACAUUACCAUCUGAGUAGGGGCAGAGUGAGUAGUGUUGGAGGAGAGCGAGAGAGAAAAGGAUACAAAGUAGUGGUCGGAGACUUGGAGGGGAGUUGCAGUGAGAUUAGUAGAAGACCAGCAUCUAGUAAAGAUGAGGUCAAGCGUAUUGCCUGCCUUGUGAGUAGGGGGGGGACGGUGAGAGGGUGAGGUCAAAAUAGUAAAGGAGUGGAAAGAAGGAGGCAGAGAGAAAUGAGUCAAAGGCAGACGUAGGGAGGUUAAAGUCACCAAGAACUGUGAGGGGUGAGCCAUCCUCAGGAAAGGAACUUAUCAAGGCGUAAAGCUCAUUGAUGAACUCUCCAAGGGAACCUGGAGGGCUAUAAAUGACAAGGAUGUUAAGCUUGAAUGGGCUAGUGACUGUGACAGCAUGGAAUUCAAAUGAGGAGAUAGACAGAUGGGUCAGGGGGAAAAAGAGAGAAUGUCCACUUGGGAGGGAUGAGGAUUCCUGUGCCACCGCUGCGCUGACCAGAUGCUCUCGGGUUAUGCGAAAACACAUGGUCAGACGAGGAAAGAGCAGUAGGAGUAGCAGUGUUUUCUGUGGUAAUCCAUGUUUCUGUCAGCGCCAAGACGUCGAGGGACUGGAGGGUAGCAUAGUCUGAGAUAAACUCUGCCUUGUUGGCCGCAGAACGGCAGUUCCAGAGGCUGCCGUAGACCUGGAACUCCACGUGGGUCGUGCACGCAAGGACCACCAGAUUUGAGUGGCAGCAGCCACGCGGUGUGAAGCGUUUGUAUGGCCUUUGCAGAGAGGAGAGAACAGGGAUAGACAGACACAUAGUUGACAGGCUACAGAAAAAGGCUACAAUAAUGCAAAGGAGAUCGGAAUGAAAUGAACUAAACAUCUGGGAAAGCGAGAGAGCGGGGCCUCCCUCACUUACGUUUCACUGAAACACUCGAAUAUAACUCUCCCAACUUCCACUUUAGAAAUUAUAAUUGUUGUAAACUACAGCGGUUCAAUGUUUUCUAGGAAUAGACUCUAACUUAGUUUAUUCAGCUAGCUAACUUGGUACAGUAUUCUUCUGUGAAAACCGUCCAGGGCACCGAAUCCUAUGACGCCAUAACCAACUAGCAUGCCAGCCUCCAAUAACACGGUUUAGCACCAAUACUCGGUUACAACAAUCCCCCAGUGUGUUAACACGCCAAACAGAUCAUUCUUGUCCGUGUCUAACGUUGUGUAAAGUUUUGGGUUAGUUUUGACAGUUUGUGUGAGUACGUCGUCAACUUAUUCAGCCAGUUAGUUAGCUAGAAUAGUUAGCAUACUAGCUAGCCAUUGCUCUCUGCCAACGAACCAACCCCUCCUCCCACGGCACGAAACACACAGAGAGAACCAAGCUAACGUUAACUAGUCACCCAUGUCCCGAAUUCCCUUGAACGACUCUGGUUACCAGUAUGUAAAAACAAAACAAAAAUAAAUGUAGGUUAAAACGUAUCCUUAGUAGCUACUGUUAGCCAGUUAAGUGCAAAGCUAGCCACUGAAUCGAUUUAGCCAGUUCGCGUCUGUCCCAACGGAGAGAAAGCGUCUCCAAACAUUACAGCUAGGUCGUUCCAGCUAUUGUUUAGUUAGCUAUCCAGGUAGCAACAAGCUAGCUACAUUUCGAGUACAGUAGCUACUAACUACCUAACGUUAACGCUUCCGAUAAUGAGGUUAGAAAAACAGCUGAAUGGUAGGUAGCUAGCUGGCAUAAUUACAGGUACUCUUAAGCGUGAAAUAACAUUGGAAACAACUAUCCACAGUUGCUAAUAGUUACCAGUAGCUACCCGCUACUGUGUGCCAAGCUUGUAGCGUCAUACCCAAGAAGACUCAAGGCUGUAAUCGCUGCCAAAGGUGCUAAAACAAAGUACUGAGUAAAGGGUCUGAACACUAAUGUAAAUGUGAUAUUUUUUAUUUUUAAUAAAUUAGCAAAACAUUUCUAAAAAGAUUGAUGAGGAAAAAAAACAUUUACUCCAUUUUAGAAUAAGGCUGUAAUGUAACAAAAUGUGGAAAAAGUCAAGGGGUCUGAAUACUUUCUGAAUGCACUGUAUGUAUGGUCACAGUACAACAUGGAAACAGCUUCCACACUUGUUUUUCGUAUGAAUUAUGACACAGAGAACACUGGGCAGGACACGUUCAGCCCACUUGAUGGAAAGCCUAUUUACAGUUUUCUCCAAAUGUUUUUAACACCAAACAGAUUUUUCCUUGGUUCAGAACCUGCCACUGUAGAUUUAUGCUUCCCUUCUUUAUGAAGUUCAAACAUCAUUUUUGUUAUGAUAGUAAUUUUCUUAUUCUAAAUACAGUAUGCUUCCUUCGUUAACAAUCAGUCAGGACACAAAUGUCCCUUUCUUUCUUUUUUUCCAAAUCUUUAGAUGUUAAUUUAUUCGUCCCUUUGGCCAUUCUGAAAUACUAUUUAAGUGCAAAAUUGUUACUGGCAAUGGCUUGAGAAAACGGCAGGAACAGGCGUAUUAACUGCCACUGUAUGGAAAGGCUCCUGCUGAAGAAAAAGAAAACAUUGAAUUUCCUGCCUUCAUCAUGUGGAACAAUGUCCAAACCUGCUGUGCAUUCUUUCUUGGUAAAUGUGGUCUCCUUAGCAAUUCAUCCUCGAAUUCACCACCUACAGUCGCCAAUGUAUUUCCCUGUACACGCAGGAAUAUCUUGGCGUGGAAAGUUUGCUCCGUACACUGCUGACUGGCCGUCUCCUGGGCUCACGUUCAUGUUAUUGAAAAGUCCCCCUAUAGUCUCUGAUUUGCCCGACCAUAUUUUCCACCAUCUUAGUUGAAGGAUCCUGGCUAGAUAUAACACUGUAACCACAGAAAAGCAAUAUCUUUUCACCAAUUUCCAUCUCAAGUUUUUGAAAAACCACUAAAGUUAAAAAUGUUAUUUUCCUUAAAUCAUAUAUGUUAUUUCUGUCAGAGUAACAGCGAGUGAAGUGUGAAAAGAGUGAAAAGGAGAGAAAGCAAUAACAUAGUGACCUUAAUACAAUAGCUUCUGACCUCUUCAAAAGGUUUGAUCUCUUGGCCUAACAGCUGAAGUGUUGGACUGACAGGCCCCCAGGUUUACCCUGGUUGGGGUAACCCCUUGAAUUCAUCAAAAUAACAUAGUGAAUAACAGAGUUUUGAACUGUCCCUUAAAAUCAAAUCAAAUCAAAUUGUAUUUGUCACAUACACAGGUUUAGCAGAUGUUAUUGGGGGUGUAGCGAAAUGCUUGCGCUUCUAGUUCUGACAGUGCAGUAAUAUCUAACCAACCAUACAUACCUCUUUUCCCCCCUUAGUGAUGGGCCCUAACGGCCUGCGUCUGGUCAGGGUGACUGAUGUCUCGCUGCUGGUGGAGUGGGAGGCGGUGAGAGCAGCAGAAUACUACAUCCUGACUUGGCACCCUGAGGGCAACGAGGCAGAGCUGGAGCGGGUCACCGUGCCCAACACAGAGACCUCCUACCUGAUCACCGGUCUCAGGCCGGGGGUCACCUACAUAGUGCAGGUGUACGCUGUCAUAAAGGAGAUCCAGAGCAAGGGGGACAGGAUAGAGGCGACCACAGGUAAAGAUGUGAAGUGAACCACAGAGCAAAGUUCAGUAUGUUUAUCACUGCAUUAAUUUGUACUGUGUCCUUUUCUCUCACAAAUGCAGCUGCUUUCGUUUGUAGUAAGUGGUUCUGAAUGCCAAUUUAAAUGUUCUGUCAUCACAUAGAACUCACUGUGUACUGUAUGUACAGUUGACCCAAAUAACCCUGAAGUCUGUUUGUACUAAACAAUUCACUUAGUGAUAGUUUGUUUACCAUUAGGUUAAAGGUAAUUACACUAGGCAGCCUAAUUACAAGGAAAUUAAGCCGUAGACACAUUUUAUGGAAAUAAGGCUAGUUCACAGAUGUGGCGAAGAGAGGCACUGAGCACAGAGUCUUGGGCUGUGGGAAACAUCUCAGUGCAUGACAUUCCUCUCUGGGCAUGAGAAAAGGCCUGAUCAUCUGGCUAUGACGAAGAGUCUAGCCACACAAGACGCUUUAACUUCAAAACAUUAUCCGAGCCAAAUGGUUUAAAUCUUUUUUUCCCCCUGAGAAAGAACAGUUAAAAAACAUUAGUCAGCCCCUUGCUGGUCUUUAAUUAGUUUUUCCUGUCCUUUAAUGGGCUCAUAUGCAAGAUCACGUAAAGUAAGAGCCUCAUAGGAAACAUGCUGUGGUGCUGUACUACAGUUAUGACACUCUUUGGUACCCUACUGGCCUGUCUUAUAACUUGUCCCCAACCUCACCAUAUAACUAAUAGAUCAUUAUUGUGACAUAUAAUGAUUGUCAGCUUUGGUGAAGUAUAAAUACAAUGGUUAAAUGUCACUAUUUUGACAUAUUCUAAUGAGACCAUGUUGACCCUACACAGUGGUGUCUGGUAUUGAUGGUAUCCGGGUAUUGGGCCAGACUGAGGACUCUAUCCAGGUGGACUGGCAGAACCCUGAAGCACCUCUGGACCACUUCAGACUGACCCAUGCUAACCCUGACGGGCAGGAAGAGGAGCAGAACGUACCCAUGAGUGCAGAGGCCAGGACUACCCACACCCUCAUAGGUACGUCAUUUAAACAAGGACAACACUGGAAUAGAUUUAAAUAGAAUAGUACAUCAUAUUUUAAAACCGUUUCCUGUGUAACUGUCUGUUCUAAUGGUCUCCACCUCUCUUCACUUGAGCAGAACACUCAUAGCCCUUUGAGCAUUCACAGAUCAUCGAUUUUGUUUGCUAUGUACCUAAAUGGCUAUAAUCAUCCAAUAGUGUUAAAAUGUAUUUUGGUAGAUUAAGAACCUUGAACCACUAUGAGGUUUUGCAGCUUACUUCCCCUGUGUGUGUGUUAAACAGGACUGCAACCUGGCACUGAGUACCUCAUCACAGUGCAAGGCAUCAAAGGGACCAUCGAGGGGAAAGCCUCCUUCGUCACCGGAGUCACAGGUGAAUGCUGCUGAUUCUAGACAACACAGGAUAUCUGGGGGUUUCAGGGGUGAGGAGACACUAUGUCUGCGUCCCAAAUGGCACCCUGUUCAAUGGAGGUCCCAUAGGGCUAUAGAAUAGCCCUAUGGGACCUGGUCAGAAAUAAGUGCACAUCAUAGGGAAUAGGGUGCCAUUUGCGACACGGAUUCCAUAUCCAACAUCAGCCAGCUGUAACCACCCUCUAGCCCAUUGGACAAUAGUCUAACUCUAAACCAUUCCCAACACUACACAGAAUGGGUUAUAAAGCAUAGAAUGAUGACAUACAGUACUGUACCCUGAUAUUAGGUCUUACUAUAACAGCCAAUGAUAAUAGAAUAAAGAACGUGGUCAGGAAGACUAAUAAUUAUGGCUAGUGAUUAUGGGUCAGAACUUACAGCCUAAUAAUCUGGACAGGUUCUAAUGAUUGAGGUAAGAGUGGUUAGCGUAAAAAUGGAGGGGAAGUGGAAGGGGGAAAAAGUAAGGAACUUGUCUGUUGGCCUUGCAUUUAAGACCAACAUUGGUUAAAGAAAAUGGUGAUAAAUAAAAAAGUAUACCAGUUUAAUUUAAGGACCAACAGCUAUGCCAAAUAGAUUGAAAAAUAGUUGGGAAGAGAUUUUCGAUGUACCGAUUCCGUGGCACAUGGUUUAUGAACUGAUACGCAAAACAACGCCGGAUUCAAAACGUAUACAUUUUCAAUUUAAAUUAUAUAUACACAAUUCUUGCAACCAAUAUAAUUUUAUAUAAAUGGGGGAUACAACCAUCCCAGCUCUGCAGAUUUUGCUGCAAAGAGACCGAAUCAAUAGAUCAUUUGUUUUGGUACUGUCCAUAUGUAGCUUGUUUUUGGUCACAAGUCCAGGAAUGGUUGAAGAAGUGUAACAUUUACCUGGCGCUAACUCUGCAGAUAGCACUACUAGGUGACUUGAAAAGUCAUAGUCAAUUGAUCAAUAAUAUAAUAAUACCUUUAGCAAAAAUGUUUAUCUUUAAUUUACAAUCUGUAGAAACUGAGAAUAGAAAGGUUCAGAACUUUUGUGAAACAUCACAGCACAGUUGACACAUUUUUGGCAAAUAUAAAUAACAAAUGGAUGGUGUUAAGAGAUAGAUGGGAGGGGUUGAGUGGAGCUGAAGGGUGGGAUUAAAAACAACAAGAUAACUAAUGUAAAACAUACUGUCUGUAAAAUGUAUAUAGGUUCAGAACUUUUGUGAAACAGAACAUUUAAAAAGAUAUGGCAAAAUAGAAAUCAAACUGGAUGGUCUUCAGAGAUACAGUGUCUUGCGAAAGUAUUCACCACCCUCGGCAUAUUUCCUAUUUUGUUGCCUUACAACCUGGAAUUAAAAUAUAUUUUUGGGGGGUUUGUAUCAUUUGAUUUACACAACAUGCCUACCACUUUGAAGAUACAAAAUAUUUGUUAUUGUGAAACAAACAAAAAAACAGAACUUGAGUGUGCAUAACUAUUCACCCCCCCCCCCCCCCCCCCCCCCCCCCCCAAGUCAAUAAUUUGUAGAGCCAACUUUUGCAGCAAUUACAGCUGCAAGUCUCUUGGGGUAUAAGCUUGGCACAUCUAGCCACUGGGAUUUUUGCCCAUUCUUCAAGGCAUAACUGCUCCAGCUCCUUCAAGUUGGAUGGGUUCCGCUGGUGUACAGCAAUCUUUAAGUCAUACCACAUAUUCUCAAUUGGAUUGAGGUCUGGGCUUUGACUAGGCCAUUCCAAGACAUUUGAAUGUUUCCCCUUAAACCACUCGAGUGUUGCUUUAGCAGUAUGCUUAGGGUCAUUGUCCUGCUGGUAGGUGAACCUCCGUCCCAGUCUCAAAUCUCUGGAAGACUGAAACAGGUUUCCCUCAAGAAUUUCCCUUUAUUUAGCGCCAUCCAUCAUUCGUUCAAUUCUGACUAGUUUCCCAGUCCCUGCCGAUGAAAAACAUCCCCACAGCAUGAUGCUGCCACCACCAUGCUUCACUGUGGGGAUGGUGUUCUCGGGGUGAUGAGAGGUGUUGGGUUUGCGCCAGACAUAGCGUUUUCCUUGAUGGCCAAAAAGCUCAAUUUUAGUCUCAUCUGACCAGAGUACCUUCUUCCAUAUGUUUGGGGAGUCUCCCACAUGCCUUUUGGCAAACAACGAACGUGUUAGCUUAUUUUUUUCUUUAAGCAAUGGCUUUUUUUCUGGCCACUCUUCUAUAAAGCCCAGCUAUGUGGAUUGUCCAGCUUAAAGUGGUCCUAUGGACAGAUACUCCAAUCUCCACUGUUGAGCUUUGCAGCUCCUUCAGGGUUAUCUUUGGUCUCUUUGUUACCUCUCUGAUUAAUGCCCUCCUUGCCUGGUCUGUGAGUUUUGGUGGGCGGCCUUCUCUUGGCAGGUUUGUUAUGGUGCCAUAUUCUUUCCAUUUUUUAAUAAUGGAUUUAAUGGUGCUCCGUGGGAUGUUCAAAGUUUCUGAUAUUUUUUAUAACCCAACCCUGAUCUGUACUUCUCCACAACUUUGUCCCUGACCUGUUUGGAGAGCUCCUUGGUCUUCAUGGUGCCACUUGCUUGGUGGUGCCCCUUGCUUAGUGGUGUUGCAGACUCUGCCUUUCAGAACAGGUGUGUAUAUAUACUGAGAUCAUGUGACAGAUGAUGUGACACUUAGAUUGCACACAGGUGGACUUUAUUUAACUAAUUAUGUGACUUCUGAAGGUAAUUGGUUGCAUCAGAUCUUAUUUAGGGGCUUCAUAGCAAAGGGGGUGAAUACAUAUGCCCGCACCACUUUUCCGUUAUUUGUUGUUUUGAAUAUUUUGAAACAAGUUUUUUAUUUUUUUUUCACUUCACCAAUUUGGACUAUUUUGUGUAUGUCCAUUGCAUGAAAUCCCCCCCAAAAAUCAAUUUAAAUUACAGGUUGUAAUGCAACAAAAUAGGAAAAAUUCCAAUGUCUCAUGUGGCUCAGUUGGUAGAGCAUGGCGCUUGCAAAGCCAGGGUUGUGGGUUCGAUACCCACUUGGGAAAGUACGAAAAUGUAUGCAUUCAAUACAGUAAGUCACUCUGGGUAAGUGCGCCUGCUAAAUUACUACAAUGUAACUAGAACACAUUGUGUAACAGCUUGAGAUUCUCACCAUAGAUCCCAGCCCUAAGGUGAGUAUAGUCCAUGAUUUACAAAGCCAUCUGGUCCUUUGAGAAAUAUUAACAUAGGAAUCCCUUAUUUGGGCUUCACAAGGAUUCUGUUGAGUUAUUUGAGGAUGAAUUCAUAAAGGAUAUUCACUUCUACAGCUGGUCCUAUCCAACCUGUUACUUGCCUCCUAGUUGACUGACUGAGUUGAUGGUCUACAAUGGCAGCUUAUCCAACUUGGCCUGCUCCUUUUGAUAGGGUGAUGUAGUAGUUCAAAAGGAGAGCUCCCUGUCUCAUUACACUGAUGAUGCUUGUUUUCUCAGCCCUCAGGCGACAUUUAAUGGUUUUAAUUUGGGAGUUAACGGUUGUAGCGCUCCCAUUUGAUGGUUGUCAGGUGGCUUCCAUGAUCUCACACAUACUUCCCCUACAGAGCUAAUCUUCAUAUGAUUCACAGUGGCUUGUCUUAAACCUUCACUUGAGGAGUUGCACGAAAGGCUUAUAGUGAUUUUUGUAAUUUGGAACUCCUGAGUUCCCUUAGAUAGGCAUAGAAUUGGUUCAAGAUUAGUGCGUGGGCCGGGUGCUUUUAAAAGGUAAUCUACUACUGCUACUGCACAGUUUGUUCUCCUCAGAGCGAUAAAGUCACACACGUAAAAUAAAUUAUAUGAAAAUACGAACAUAAUAGCAAUCACAUAGAGACAGUCUAUUAUGUCUGUGAAUAUAUGAGCCUCCUACUAACUGUACAGAGUAUGAAACUGUAUCCUGCGGGGCCGCCCCUGACAGCUCACAUUAUGGAAGCCUCAAUUAGAGGGGCAUUUUCCCCUCCUCUCAGCAAAUUAUACAUUACAGAAUGUUCUCUCACACAAGUGGCUGGUCCUCCACUUACAACAAGAAAGGGAAAGUGCUUUUCAAUACCUCUCUCUUUCAGGACAGACCCAGUAUUUAUUUAGCACAUGCUUUUAUCCAAAGUGACUUACAGUCAUGCGUGCAUGCAUUUUAGGUAUGCAUUGUCUUCUUUUAUUCAAUGGCAUGAUAGUAUUUUGUUAAACAAAUGGCUCUCUCUUCUACUGUGUGGUCAUCAUAAAUCCUUAUUUCAUAGACAAUGAAACAGUGGAGUACGGUGCUAGACCUUGACACGUGUGCCAGGAGACAUUAAUUAUAGCGCGCUAUUACAGCAUUCGGACCAGCCAAAAUCGAUUGAAUCGCUACUUGUCAUAGUGACCUGCCAGAGGAUUUUAAGGCUCAUAAACACAACAUAGUAGUCUGCUGGUGCUACCUAAUCAGUUUGAAUAAAGUUUACACAGGAGCGGCCGUAUAACCAGAAGCAGCUGCAUAGCUAGGUGAAAGCCAGGGAAUGUGUUUAGCCUUCAUGUUAUAUGGUGUCUGGACUCAAAGGUCCUGUGAAGCUGUGGAGUACAGCCGGGCGGCAGUCGGUACAUGGGCGGAGGCGGACUCUGGUGCCCUUAGUCCUUAUCCUUCACAGUUAUUCUGAGGUGCUGAAGUUACUAAUCACUUCUUCCCCUAAUAAACCUCUUCAGAAAUAGUUAUGAGCUGCUAACUGCAGUGUGGGUGGACUUUAGAUCUAUACAUACAUAACCACGUACACAGCUAUUUAGAAAAAUGGCGACCUUCUGAUAGGGCCAGGACGAUACCAGUUUCGCGAUACUCGUUAGUAUCGUGGCAAGGAAACAAAACACGAAGCGGAUUUAACUUCUUUAGGAAAACAGCCCUAAUAUUGGAAACAAACGUCAUUAUGUUGUCAUCCAGAGUCACAUUUAUUUAUUUUCCAUGCUAUAGCACACAGAAUUUGACAUACCAAAGAGUUUGGUCUGCUUUGUGUUUUCAUUUUUGCCGUGGAAAAAUAUCGCAAUACUGGUAUCGUCCCGGCCAUACUUUCUGACACAGCACUCCCUCGGGCUCCUCGAGCACUCAACUUUCUGCUGUCACUGUCCGUUUAAGUAAGGCUAGCGUGUAAAUGCAGCUCGCUCCCCAGGCGGUAAGGCCUGUAAGGAGGCCUAUGAUGGAAUAGCUGUUUUCCACAUGGUAAACCACAACCAGUGUUUUGUAGUCUCCCACUCAGCUACUGUGGCGGCAGAACCUUGAGCUAACCCAAUCCGUCAUACGCCACGCCACGGCCUCGCCACACUGUCUUCAGCCUCUCCCACGGAAAUAAAACACCUACCAAAGUGCUGAUCUGUUCAAGCAUGAGCAACCAUGCAUUGGAGAGGAUGAUAAAGCUGUGGCAUGUGUGUCUGUCUGAAUUUUUGUUUGAUAAGUAAGAAAGCGAGAUGUUUCUGACAAGCGCUCACUUUGCAGGGAAAUGAAGGUCUCCGCUUGGGACCACAGAGACAAGGCUUAACUCAUACACUGUAGACAUGCUUUUCUCAAAGGCUACUGAUACUUUGUUAUCUUGUUGUCAUUUUCUUGCGACUGACCUCUUUGAGCUUGACAAGCAAUGUACCCACAUACAGUGGCAAAAAGACAACAGCUAAACCCGUGGCUCCCAUUCCCAGAACUUUCUCUUUGGAUGCAUCAUUAAUCAGUUUUCAUGAUGCGGAUAUUACUGUGACAUAGAGCUGACCUUGGCGGAGUCACGGAGGAAUAGCCCAAUGAUGAUUGCUUUGACAUUCUCUCUCUCUCUCUCUCUCUCUCUCUCUCUCUCUCUCUCUCUCUCUCUCUCUCUCUCUCUCUCUCUCUCUCUCUCUCUCUCUCUCUCUCUCUCUCUCUCUCUCUCUCUCUCUGCCACUUGCCUUACUCCAGCGACACCCAUAUAACUGCAACCCCAUUCCCCUCACUCACCCUGCUCUGCUCCGUGCUCCGGUCUGGAUCACCCCUGUCAGUCCGCUCACAUCCGCCAUAUUUCUUCUCUGUCCUCUGAUACCUUAAGCCCUUUGACCUCCUCCUGUUUCCUCACAGAGAGAGAGAGCCUGUCUGUGUUCCUCUUCCAGCCUACUACUAGGACCUCUGUCUGCUCCUCACAGGAGUGAAGGGCCCAUCAGAAAAAAAAAUUCUGCAUUUAAUUGACCGACUUGGAUAAAGUUAAUGCUUCAAUGGUCUUUUAUAAACCACCUGAGUGUCCUUAUAGAAAAUAAUUACGCUUCACACAACAUAUCUUCUGCCUACAUCCUCAUGUAUCAACAGAUCUUGACGCUCCUACUAACCUCUUGACCAAAGAAGUGACAGAGGACGCUGCUACCGUGGAAUGGCAGAAGGUACAAGCAGAGAUCGAUGGCUACGUGAUCAGUUACAGCUCUGCUGAGGGCUCCAGUGGGGAGAUCCCUGUGGGGGCAGACAGCAGCUCCUACAGGCUGACUGGGCUGAGGCCUGGAGUCAUCUACACAGUCUACAUCUGGGCUGUCAAGGGCUCCCGGGUCAGCAGGAAGAGCUCCACAGAAGCUGAGACAGGUAAACUGUUAACCUCAUGUCUGACUCUGAUGGCAUAAUAGUGAUCACAUUGUUUUUGUUUCCGUUCUUGAAAUAGUCUUAAGUGACUUCUGUCUUUAUGUUUUGAUCCUGAUGGCUUAUGGAUGAAUGGGAGAGAUCUUCUCAUCCUAUGCUUUCUGUAGGUCCUUUGAUAAUCAUUUUAUUUUCUUUUGGAUAGUUCUUAGGGCUGUGUUUUCACUUUUUAAAGGAUGUACUUUCUACAAUGGCAACAUGGUAAAAACAAAAAAACAGCCUGGCUGACUUUCACCCUUCAAACUUUUGUGCAUAUUUCUCUCCCUCAAAUCUUUGCCAAGAGGGACACUCUCACUCAGACCUGUACUGGGGAAGCUAUUGUAGUGUAUUAAGAUUAUGUCUUUGUUAAAUGUUUUUCAUGAAGAAAUGGAAUGUUGGUUAUGUUAGUAUCAAAAGGCAAUGUUUAGUAUAAUGUCACAUAUAAUAGACAGGAAGUGUGUUGUAAACUGGUGAUUGGCCAGAAGAGGGAGCCCAUCUUGUUGCAUUGUUUAUAAAUAGGGGUACACGAAGAAGAUAGGGCAGAGCAGGCAUUAGAAUUGGAGGACACUGCUCUCCAGACCUCGCGAGUCUGUCACCCAUGCUGAAGCUUGUGAUCUGAAUAAACCUUAUGAUCAACGUUCAGUAUGAGCAGACUCCUUUUGUUCAUCAGCAAUAAUUGCCACCACUCACUCGAUACGACACUAUUUAAAGUAAUUAGGGUAGAUACUUCUUUUAACAUGAGUUUAGCAUAGCCUAGCGCUGUGUAACAUGUUUGUGAGAAUGUUUUGGCGACAACAAAUGAGAUUUAACUCAAAGGGAGAUUGUGUUUUUUCCCCUCAUUUAAUUCUACUAAUUUCAAAGAAACACCAAACAUAUGCUUAUCUUGUGUACCAAUUUAACAUUAUAAAAGAGGAGGCAGUAAUGGUUUGGUGGGGCUAUUUAAAUAACCCCUUGUUUCACCUAACUGUUUGUUCAACAUUCACCUACUGGCAAUCCAGUCAGCAAAAUGCUAAGAGACAUUUGAGAGCAACUGUACACACAAAGAAGAGGGAGAGAAAGAGAGAAAAAAGAGUGCGUCUUAACAUUGCUGUUUAUGGCAUUAAAACAGAUGGCUCAAGUGCAAUACCAGCUGACACCCGCCAUCAGGAAAUACAGACUAUAGAAAAGCACUGUGUAGUAAAUCUCUUGAUUCUCAUAUCACAUAAAUAUCAUCACCCAGUGCUACUGUAUUUUCCAAAUCAAUGUACGUUUCCUCUCCCACAAUCCCAUUGAUACCCAAAGUGAACAAUAUGCUAAAUUAGGUUGUAGGUGAGGUGGGGUCGUCUGGCCUUCAGGGACUGUUGGUGUGGGACAUUGUGUUAUUGGAAACCUACAGCUGCCCUGUCAUGGACGUCUGCUUCAGUGAGAAAAUGACUGAAACAGACAUAGUACACUAACCUGUCCCAUAAGUCAAACAACGGGAUUCCAUAUGGAUACAAACAUCCGAGAGGGGUGAAAUACAAGCACUGCCCCUGUUUCCUCUGCUGACUGGUUAGGGGUAGGUUGGGGCAGGGUAGGAUUUCUGGAUCAGUGAACGUAGAUUAACUGUGACACAGGACUGUUGGAAGGUGGUACAUGGAACUUUCUGCUCUCAAACGAGCUAACAAACAGGGUGGUGAUACAUUGUGAGCUUGGGUAGUAAUUGAGGCUAAAGUGGACACUGAUAUUUAAUUGAAAAAUGUCUUAAAUGUAUUGGCGAAGGCCAAAAGCCGAGACGCAUUGGUUUUCCUUUGAAAAAGAAACAAACAAACAUAAUCCCUAACACAUAUAUCUUUUAUUGCCUGAUACUUACAUAGUAUGUACUGAAACUAAUGUACCUACUUACUUACACUGAUACCUCUCCAGAUCUAGAUGCUCCUGCUAACCUGUUGACCAGAGAAGUGACAGAGGACACAGCGACAGUAACAUGGGAUAAAGUCCAGGCUGAAAUCGACAGCUACGUGAUCAGCUACAGCUCUGCUGAGGGCUCCAGUGGGGAGAUCCCUGUGGGGGCAGACAGCAACUCCUACAGGCUGACUGGGCUGAGGCCUGGAGUCAUCUACACAGUCUACAUCUGGGCUGUCAAGGGCUCCCGGGUCAGCAGGAAGAGCUCCACUGUAGCUGAGACAGGUCACUAACUUGUCUCGUAAUUUAAAGGGUCGAAAAACCAUGUGGAUAUCACAGGGGGCUGCUGAGGGGAGGACGGCUCAUAAUAAUGUCUGGAAUGGAGUGAAUGGAAUGGCAUCAAACACAUGGAAACCAUGUGUUUGAUGUAUUUGAUACUAUUGCAGUGAUUCCGCUCCAGCCAUUACCACAAGCCCGUCCUCCCCAAUUAAGGUGCCACCAACCUCCUGUGGUGGAUAUGGCUGUUACUUAGAAUAGGACACCUUUGUGUUAGAUCUGGGACUAUAAAAAGGAGUGUGUAACACAAAAAAUUAUCAAUCAAACUUGUUUCACAUCUCCUUAGUCAUACCUCAACUGACCAUCACAGAUAAUUAGAUGUUCAAACAAUAUGUUUUACAUAAAGGGACAUUCCACUCCAAAAUGUAAGUUUGUCAGAUGUUUUCAGACAUAAAAAGAAUGUCAAGAUGAGUCCACAUCCCACGCCAUUGGUUGCGUAGAUCCAGCUAGCUAUAUUCUUAAACCCCAAAUUAAUGGAAACGAUAAGCACCGCAAAGCUUGAAAUUACGUGGUGCUUAUCUUUCCUAGUCAUUUAGAAUUUUGGCAUAUAGCUAGAGCUACAAAACUGAUGGCCUGGGAUGGGAACUUAUCUCAACAGAAGACCACUUUUGAGGUCUGAAAACAUAAUACAAAAUGUGAUUUUGGAGUAUAAUUCCUCAAUAAAAGACUGUGAAUUGUAUGCAAAAUACUUGAGAUACUUUUUAACAGAUCCUGACCAGAUAAAUAUUUUGCCUGUCACAAAAGUAGUUUUUUUUGCUCUUGUGAAAAUGUGCAACAUAACUUUAUUCAUCCUAGAGGGGAAAAAUAUAACAGCAUGAUAGACUGGAAUAUAAUAUUAACCCAUUUACUAAUGGCUCUCCAGAUCUGGAUGCUCCUACUAACCUCUUGACCAGAGAAGUGACCGAGGAUACAGCCGAUGUGUCGUGGGACAGACCUCUAGCGGACAUCGACGGCUACAUGAUCAGCUACAGCUCUGCUGACGGCUCCAGUGGGGAGAUCCCUGUGGGGGCAGACAUCAACUCCUACAGGUUGACUGGGCUGAGACCUGGAGUCAUCUACACAGUCUACAUCUGGGCUGUCAAGGGCUCCCGGGUCAGCAGGAAGAGCUCCACAGAAGCUGAGACAGGUAAACUGUUAAUCUCAUGUCUGACUCUGAUGGCAUAAUAGUGAUCACAUUGUUUUUGUUUCCGUUCUUGAAAUAGUCUUAAGUGACGUCUGUCUUUAUGUUUUGAUCCUGAUGGCUUAUGGAUGAAUGGGAGAGAUCUUCUCAUCCUAUGCUUUCUGUAGGUCCUUUGAUAAUCAUUUUAUUUUCUUUUGGAUAGUUCUUAGGGCUGUGUUUUCACUUUUUAAAGGAUGUACUUUCUACAAUGGCAACAUGGUAAAAACAAAAAAACAGCCUGGCUGACUUUCACCCUUCAAACUUUUGUGCAUAUUUCUCUCCCUCAAAUCUUUGCCAAGAGGGACACUCUCACUCAGACCUGUACUGGGGAAGCUAUUUAAAGUAAUUAGGGUAGAUACUUCUUUUAACAUGAGUUUAGCAUAGCCUAGCGCUGUGUAACAUGUUUGUGAGAAUGUUUUGGCGACAACAAAUGAGAUUUAACUCAAAGGGAGAUUGUGUUUUUUCCCCUCAUUUAAUUCUACUAAUUUCAAAGAAACACCAAACAUAUGCUUAUCUUGUGUACCAAUUUAACAUUAUAAAAGAGGAGGCAGUAAUGGUUUGGUGGGGCUAUUUAAAUAACCCCUUGUUUCACCUAACUGUUUGUUCAACAUUCACCUACUGGCAAUCCAGUCAGCAAAAUGCUAAGAGACAUUUGAGAGCAACUGUACACACAAAGAAGAGGGAGAGAAAGAGAGAAAAAAGAGUGCGUCUUAACAUUGCUGUUUAUGGCAUUAAAACAGAUGGCUCAAGUGUAAUACCAGCUGACACCCGCCAUCAGGAAAUACAGACUAUAGAAAAGCACUGUGUAGUAAAUCUCUUGAUUCUCAUAUCACAUAAAUAUCAUCACCCAGUGCUACUGUAUUUUCCAAAUCAAUGUACGUUUCCUCUCCCACAAUCCCGUUGAUACCCAAAGUGAACAAUAUGCUAAAUUAGGUUGUAGGUGAGGUGGGGUCGUCUGGUCUUCAGGGACUGUUUGUGUGGGACGUUGUGUUAUUGGAAACCUACAGCUGCCCUGUCAUGGACGCCUGCUUCAGUGAGAAAAUGACUGAAACAGACAUAGUACACUAACCUGUCCCAUAAGUCAAACAACUGGAUUCCAUAUGGAUACAAACAUCCGAGAGGGGUGAAAUACAAGCACUGCCCCUGUUUCCUCUGCUGACUGGUUAGGGGUAGGUUGGGGCAGGGUAGGAUUUCUGGAUCAGUGAACUUAGAUUAACUGUGACACAGGACUGUUGGAAGGUGGUACAUGGAACUUUCUGCUCUCAAACGAGCUAACAAACAGGGUGGUGAUACAUUGUGAGCUUGGGUAGUAAUUGAGGCUAAAGUGGACACUGGGAGAUCCCUGUGGGGGCAGACAGCAACUCUACAGGCUGACUGGGCUGAGGCCUGGAGUCAUCUACACAGUCUACAUCUGGGCUGUCAAGGGCUCCCGGGUCAGCAGGAAGAGCUCCACUGUAGCUGAGACAGGUCACUAACUUGUCUCGUAAUUUAAAGGGUCGAAAAACCAUGUGGAUAUCACAGGGGGCUGCUGAGGGGAGGACGGCUCAUAAUAAUGUCUGGAAUGGAGUGAAUGGAAUGGCAUCAAACACAUGGAAACCAUGUGUUUGAUGUAUUUGAUACUAUUGCAGUGAUUCCGCUCCAGCCAUUACCACAAGCCCGUCCUCCCCAAUUAAGGUGCCACCAACCUCCUGUGGUGGAUAUGGCUGUUACUUAGAAUAGGACACCUUUGUGUUAGAUCUGGGACUAUAAAAAGGAGUGUGUAACACAAAAAAUUAUCAAUCAAACUUGUUUCACAUCUCCUUAGUCAUACCUCAACUGACCAUCACAGAUAAUCAGAUUUUCAAACAAUAUGUUUUACAUAAAGGGACAUUCCACUCCAAAAUGUAAGUUUGUCAGAUGUUUUCAGACAUAAAAAGAAUGUCAAGAUGAGUCCACAUCCCACGCCAUUGGUUGCGUAGAUCCAGCUAGCUAUAUUCUUAAACCCCAAAUUAAUGGAAAAGAUAAGCACCGCAAAGCUUGAAAUUACGUGGUGCUUAUCUUUCCUAGUCAUUUAGAAUUUUGGCAUAUAGCUAGAGCUACAAAACUGAUGGCCUGGGAUGGGAAUUUAUCUCAACAGAAGACCACUUUUGAGGUCUGAAAACAUAAUACAAAAUGUGAUUUUGGAGUAUAAUUCCUCAAUAAAAGACUGUGAAUUGUAUGCAAAAUACUUGAGAUACUUUUUAACAGAUCCUGACCAGAUAAAUAUUUUGCCUGUCACAAAAGUAGUUUUUUGCUCUUGUGAAAAUGUGCAACAUAACUUUAUUCAUCCUAGAGGGGAAAAAUAUAACAGCAUGAUAGACUGGAAUAUAAUAUUAACCCAUUUACUAAUGGCUCUCCAGAUCUGGAUGCUCCUACUAACCUCUUGACCAGAGAAGUGACCGAGGAUACAGCCGAUGUGUCGUGGGACAGACCUCUAGCGGACAUCGACGGCUACAUGAUCAGCUACAGCUCUGCUGACGGCUCCAGUGGGGAGAUCCCUGUGGGGGCAGACAUCAACUCCUACAGGUUGACUGGGCUGAGACCUGGAGUCAUCUACACAGUCUACAUCUGGGCUGUCAAGGGCUCCCGGGUCAGCAGGAAGAGCUCCAUUGUAGCUGAGACAGGUCACUAACUAGUCUCAUACUUUUUGAGUGUGAGGGGUGAGAUCCCACACACUGUACAGUCGUGGUCAACAGUUUUGAGAAUGACACAUACUAAUUUUCACAAAGUCUGCUGCCUCAGUUUUGAUGAUGGCAAUUUGCAUAUACUCCAGAAUGUCAUGAAGAGUGAUCAGAUGAAUUGCAAUUAAUUGCAAAGUCCCUCUUUGCCAUGAAAAUGAACUUAAUCCCCCCAAAAAGAUUUCCACUGCAUUUCAGCCCUGCCACAAAAGGACCAGCUGCCAUCAUGUCAGUGAUUCUCUCGUUAACACAGGUGAGAGUGUUGACGAGGACAAGGCUGGAGAUCACUCUGUCAUGCUGAUUGAGUUAGAAUAACAGACUUGGAAGCUUUAAAAGGAGGGUGGUGCUUGAAAUCAUUGUUCUUCCUCUGUUAACCAUGGUUACCUGCAAGGAAACACGUGCCGUCAUCAUUGCUUUGCACAAAAAGGGCUUCACAGGCAAGGAUAUUGCCGCUAGUAAGAUUGCACCUAAAUCAACCAUUUAUUGGAUCAUCAAGAACUUCAAGGAGAGAGGUUCAAUUGUUGUGAAGUAGGCAUCAGGGCGCCCAAGAAAGUCCAGCAAGCGCCAGGACCGUCUCCUAAAGUUGAUUCAGCUGCGGGAUCGGGGCAUCAUCAGUGCAGAGCUUGCUCAGGAAUGGCAGCAGGCAGGUGUUAGUGCAUCUACACGCACAGUGAGGCGAAUACUUUUGUAAGAUGGCCUGGUGUCAAGAAGGGCAGCAAAGAAGCCACUUCUCUACAGGAAAAACAUCAGGGACAGACUGAUAUUCUGCAAAAGGUACAGGGAUUGGACUGCUGAGGACUGGGGUAAAGUCAUUUUCUCUGAUGAAUCCCCUUUCCGAUUGUUUGGGGCAUCCGGAAAGAAGCUUGUCCGGAGAAGACAAGGUGAGCGGAACCAUCAGUCCUGUGUCAUGUCAACAGUAAAGCAUCCUGAGACCAUUCAUGUGUGGGGUUGCUUCUCAGCCAAGGGAGUGGGCUCACUCACAAUUUUGCCUAAGAACACAGCCAUGAAUAAAGAAUGGUACCAACACAUCCUCAGAGGGCAACUUCUCUCAACCAUCCAAUAACAGUUUGGUGACGACCAAUGCCUUUUCCAGCAUGAUGGAGCACCUUGCCAUAACGCAAAAGUGAUAACUAAGUGGCUCGGGGAACAAAACAUCGACAUUUUGGGUCCAUGGCCAGGAAACUCCCCAGACCUUAAUCCCAUUGAGAACUUGUGGUCGAUCCUCAAGAGGCGGGUGGACAAACAAAACCCCACAAAUUCUGACAAACUCCAAGCAUUGAUUAUGCAAGAAUGGGCUGCCAUCAGUCAGGAUGUGGCCCAGAAGUUAAUUGACAGCAUGCCAGGGCGGAUUGCAGAGGUCUUGAAAAAGAAGGGUCAACACUGCAAAUAUUGACUCUUUGCAUAAACUUAAUGUAAUUGUCAAUAAAAGCCUUUGACACUUAUGGAAUGCUUGUAAUUAUACUUCAGUAUACCAUAGUAACAUCUGACAAAAAUAUCUCAUAACACUGAAGCAGCGAACUUUGUGAAGACCAAUACCUGUGUCAUUCUCAAAACUCUUGACCACGACUGUAGAGAUGUUAGUUCAUGAGUCGUCUUUGUUCAAGCUUUCCAUAACCUGUAGGUAGAUAGGACUGAGGUCUGAACAGACAGUUCAGAGCUUCUGCUCCUUUUUAUAACCUGUAAGGAACACAAUAUAAUGUCUAUACUUGGCAUGUAGGUUUGUCACUUAUGGGUGGCACAAAUUGGGAUAUGGGGGAAUGGAAUGGGCAGGGUAUACACAAAUGAAAUACUGUAGUACAAUAUUUAAGUGAUAAUGCACGAGAAGCUGGUGUUUGGAGGAUAUAUUGGCAUGGGUGUUGUUAGGCCUGAGUCGAAGUCGAGUAAUACUAUAGUAAUUGCUGUAGUGUUUUUGGGGACUGUAGUGUUUUAUGACAUUACUGUAGUAUUUACUGUAGUAUUGCAGUCUGUAGUAUACUGUAGUAUUUACUAUAUUAUUCUACAAAAUUAUAUAGUAAGUACUACACAUGACCGAGGGAUACUACAUUGUGUAGUAUAGUAUACUACAGUAUACUAUAUAAUUAUAUAGUAAGUACUGUAGUAUUCUAUAGGAAACUGUAGUAUUUGUUCAUGUCCAACUACAUGCCUAAAUCCCCAAUUAAUGGAAAAUAAAAUAACUGUCUAAAUCCAUAAUUUAAGAUAGUGCCUAUAUUUUGCCUUAUUUUGGGAUGAGGGCACAUGGCUAGGUCUACACAAGAGAUGGCAAGGCACAUAGACUUAUAUCGAUAUUAGACCAUUUAUGAGGCCUGAAAACCUCUGACAAACGAUGAUUUUGGUGUGUGAACUGUCCCUUUAAAGUAUCUCUUAUACAAUUAGAGUGAUUUACAAGUCUCUCAGGUACAGCAGGUGUUGAUACAGUAAAUCAAUUAAAUGUCACAAACAUCAUGACAUAACACAGAAGAGCAUUAAUCCUUACAUCAAUGGUUCUCCAGAUCUGGAUGCUCCUACUAACCUCUUGACCAGAGAAGUGACCGAGGAUACAGCCGAUGUGUCGUGGGACAGACCUCUAGCGGACAUUGACGGCUACGUGAUCAGCUACAGCUCUGCUGACGGCUCCAGUGGGGAGAUCCCUGUGGGGGCAGACAUCAGCUCCUACAGGUUGACUGGGCUGAGGCCUGGAGUCAUCUACACAGUCUACAUCUGGGCUGUCAAGGGCUCCCGUGUCAGCAGGAAGAGUUCCACACCAGCUGAGACAGGUUAUCUAUUUGCCCUGGGGCUCCAGUCGACAGCCAAGUCUUUUCAUGAUAAUUCCACGCAUUCAUUGUCCAAUGAGACAGAUAGUCAUUACUGAACAGGAGCUUAUCUUGUGGAGGCAUAAUCGUUGAGGAGCUGCAGGUUCCUCCGCUCUUACUGGAAUUCUGGUAAACUCUGACUAACAGUUCAAGGAUCUGCUCAAUAUGUGAGACAAACAGUGACCUUUAUUGGAGAAUAGAGAUGGAGGAAUGAAAGGCAUGAUAAAUACUACAUAAUCUUAUUCAACCGUCCAAUGACUGCAACUGAACAGUUUCAUUCAUUCUAUCUAUUUGACUGAAUUGCUUACAUUUUGGGACCUUCUUUCCGUAGAAAUUGAUGCGCCUAAGAACCUAAAAGCGUCAGAUGUUAAGCUGGAUGCUGCGACCCUGACCUGGACUGCUCCCUUAGCCAGAAUAGAUGGCUACAUCCUCACGUUCAGAGCUGAGGAUGGCACAUUGAAGGUACUUUGAUUCUCACUAAUUCACCCUCUAGUAGUUGUAAACAGUGAUGUAUCCAAUGUUAUGAUAUAUGUACAUAGCUAUAGAAAUCUAUUAUUAUUGCCAGUUAUAUUUUUGUAGCUUUUAGUAUUGUAGGUCACAAUGACCUUUCAUCCUUUUGGUAUUUUAUUAGGAUCCCCAUUAGCUGUUGCAAAAGCAGCAGCUACUCUUCCUGGGGUCCACAUGAAACAUGACAUAAUGCAGAAUAUUAAUAGACAAGAACAGCUCAAGGACAGAACUAAUACAUUUAACUACGGCACACAUACACCAUAAAUGCUGCACGGCCAAUGCAGACGUCGGAUUGACCAUGUAGCGCUUUUUAUGAGAUAGAGGGGCGCUGUUUCGCUCGCUCAGAAGUUUUAUCUGAGAUUGAUGUGUCUUUCUGUCGGCACGUGUCUCAGGCAAAUAAAUGAUCAAUAUUUAAAGGGAAGGAGGUACGGUAGGGCGAGCCAGGCCCCCUAAGGCCCACCCACAACGCCGGGCCUGAUCCUAUAUAAGGUGUGCAUCUUGUGCAAAAAAAAAAAAGAAAACUGUGUUAUACCCCUGACCUCUAGUGGUAAAAGAUUGUAAAAUCAACCAAGGAUUAUAAUUAUUAUGUGUUCUGAAUAGACUUUGGAGAAGAAGCUGAGGGCAGGAGAGAGCAGGUUUGCCAUGUCGGGCCUGGAGAUGGGAAAUAACUAUAUCGCUACCCUCCUCGCUUACAGAGGAGCAAAGAGGAGCAGAGUGAUAGAGAUCACAUUCAAAACAGGUACGAUGUGCCCUCUAUGAACGUCCUCCCUAGACCAAACUAGUCUGAUUUAUUCACAUAUCAGUGUGGUGAUGUUUGCAUUUCACUAAGCUAUUGUGCUAUUAAUGUAGUGUAAUUAGUAAUGUUUCAUUCCUUUCUCAUCUUUUAAUUGGUCACUUGUGAAAUAUCACUGACAGCCAACUUUCCGGUCAAUUUGUUUAUUGCUAUAUAAUGUAAAUGAGUUAACACAAUUACUUUUUCCCCCCUGAAAAUGAAAGCUUACUGACAUCAUUUUACUUGUACCUUUAACAGUGGGUUUGUUGUACCCGUUCCCCAUGGACUGUACUCAGAUUAAGAUGAAUGGCAACAUGGCAAGUGGAAUCUACACCAUUUAUAUCAACAGUGAUCGCACCAAGCCCAUGGAAGUGUACUGUGACAUGGACACUGAUGGCGGUGGAUGGGUGGUACGUUCAAGCUAAAGUACAUUAUAUGAUUUAUGGUAUUGAUGGCUGAAAGAAAGUGGGUUAGAUGUCUGCUACAUGGACCAUUACUCUCAUCAAUAUAAACUGUCAAUCAACGUUCAACUUAAAGUACAUUAUAUGAUUUGAUAGUAUUGAUGGCUGAAAGAAAAACCUUUCUGGAUAGAUUGACCAUUACUCUCAUUAAUAUAAACUGUCAAUCAACUUUGUGUGUGAGCAAAGACUGAGAUAUACAGUAUAUCACUCCCCAGGUGUUACAAAGACGCAACAAUGGACAGAUGGACUUCAUGAAGCGCUGGAGACCGUACAUGGCCGGCUUUGGGAACAUGACCGAUGAGUUCUGGCUCGGUUAGUACUGGAUAGGCAUCCUUUAAAUCUCUUGUAUCUAAAUAGGACUGUUAUGUCCCUAGGAGUUCCUCUCAUGGAAUUGAAAUUGAUGAUGCUGAUGUUGUUGAUGAUGAUGAUGAUGAUGAUGACAACCACGACGAUGAUGAUGAUGAUGAUGACAACCAUGAUGAUGAUGAUGAUGAUGAUGAUGAUGAUGUAAAUGUAAUAAGCCCUCACAAUUCUGUUACUCUAACCCAUAGGUCUGGACAAUAUAUAUGAGCUGACCAAUACUCCCACCCAGUAUGAGCUGCGAGUGGACCUGGGUGUGGGUUCAGAGAAGGCCUAUGCUGUCUAUGACAACUUCAAGAUAGCCCCGGCAAAGCAGAAGUUCAAGCUGACCAUUGGCAAAUACAGAGGAACAGCAGGUGGACCAACUCUUUGCAUCUUUCAAACAAUUUGUUAAAGAAUACAUGCAGAAAUGCUCUAGACAUUCACACUCCAACCCACACACAUACCUAUUAUCACACAAUACCUUGAAUACCAUUUUUACAAUGGUUUGCUAAAAAGACAAAAAAGCAGCCAGUUUGAAGUCUACCUGCCGUUUAGGGGCCUUUUACCACUGGCCUUCUCUGACUUGGAUUGCAUACAAUAAUUCUGUGAAUCUGGUAUAUGAUUGUUUUCCAGGUGAUGCCAUGAACUACCAUCAAGGUCGCCCUUUCUCUACUGUUGACAAUGACAAUGACAUUGCUCUUGGUAACUGCGCCCUUACUCAUCGUGGUGCUUGGUGGUACAAGAACUGUCACCUUGCCAACCUGAACGGCAAAUUCGGAGACAACCGACACAGCAUGGUAAGAAGUGUUCUUCUUAUUUCUUAUUUUUAUUUAUUGUCUGUUAUUGUUUUGUAGUACUACAUUGAUAUUGAUUACUGCAUUGUUGGGUUUAGAGCUAGCAAGAAAGGCAUUUCACUGUACAUUAAAACUUGAAACUUGAAGUGUGCUCUUUAGUUUUCUGGGUGUAGUGGGAGAUUGUACCAGCAGAUGGCGGUAAUAGAAUAAUACAGAAUCUAUGGGAGUUGCACAUGAGCGUCCUGUAGGGGCUUUCCAAUCUUAGUUUGAAAUGGCUAUGUCCUAGAUCUAUCAACUCCUUUUUUCUCAAAAAGCCUUAUAAAUAGCAGGGGCUAAUAGAUAACUUUCAUUCAUAGAAAGUCUAACUAGAACUGUUGUUGUCUCACAAGAACUGUUUGUGUGUCUCUGCAAAGAAGAAUGUUGGGAGAAAAUUGGAGGGUAUAGUUUUGUCCUGUCACAUUAUACCAUGUUUCUCUUAAUAACAUGUUUAAUAAUUUUACGUCCGUCUUGGUGUAGGCAAAACCAACAGAGUUAAUAGAAGUUUCCAAAGUAGAUAAAUCCACCCGUUUACCUAAUGUUGAUAGAGUUGAGAUAUUUGCUGAAAUGCUCAUCAGCAUGUGUCAUUCAGUAUCAUGAAACAACUGCCUGACUGGCUAAUCUAAUGUGUGGCUGUGCCUCUCUUUACCGGGGGGUGGAUUUAUACUAUCCCUAGAACAUUUUCAAUAAGUUUGUGCCUGUCUUGGCGUACACUCUUAGAAAAAAGGGUUCCAAAACGGUUCUUCAGCUGUACCCAUAGGAGAACCCUUUUUGGUUCCAGGUAGAACCCUUUUUGGUUCCAGGUAGAACUAUUUUGGGUUCCAUAUAGAACCCAAGGGUUCUACAUGGAACUCAAAAGGGUUCUACCUGGAACCAAAAAGGGUUCUUCAAAGGGUUCUCCUAUUGAAACAGCCGAAGAACCCUUUUAGGUUCUAGAUAACACCUUUUUUCUCCUAAGAGUGUAGGCUUAUCAAAGACUGAAGCAGAAUGAAAAACUGCCUGACUGUGUAAUCCAAUGUGUUGUCCUGUCUCUCUCUAACCUCUACCAGGGUGUGAACUGGGAGCCAUGGAAGGGCCACCUGAUGUCUCUUGAUUUCACUGAGAUGAAGAUCCGGCCAGUGGGCGCCGCCAGGAAGAGGAGGUCACUUAGCAGCAGAACAGCUCCCAGAAAAUAG